GACUGUCUCAUCAAAUUAGGCUUUGAUGACCACAACAUUAAACCAUGUACAUUGAAAAAAUAAAAUAAAACGGGAGUACAGGGAAAAAAAAGGAUCAUAACAUAAUUUACAUUCCAUGCUUAUUGUGAAUAAUUUGGACAUUGUGUUUAAGUAUACUUGUUCAGUGCUUUAAAUAUUUGACUUUUUUGCACUACCUCGUUUGCACCUUUCACAAACUUUCUAUCCUCCGUAUCACAGCGUUGAUUUAAUUGCUAGUUGAAAUCAGUGUUAGAAAACUCAACACAAUAUUUUAAGGUGGCAUUGUUUAUUGAAAGCAUAAGUGUAAUCAUGCAAAGGUAUGAAAGAGUAACAACAACAAAAAUGCAGUUGACUAAAAUUUGCUAAGUUAGUGUGAAGGCUGUCUCCUUUUCUCUUGCUCUCCUGUUAUUUUCCACCUACUUUUCCAAAUCUGAGCACACCUUGUCCAAGUGAAGUUUUGCACAACAAAACAGGAUGAUAAAAAAAACAACACAAAAUCUUUCACAAAGUCUUCCAUUUGUUUUUGUUUUGAAGUGAGUUAACUCGGCUGUUGUUGCAUUAUAUUCAGGUGUCGCCGUUAUUACAGCGGCACAUGCUUGCAUCAAAGCUUAUUAAAUGGAAAAACAAUGUGCAAAUUUUAACGGAAUAGGUAUAGUAUAAACUUAACUGAUUUUAGUUUAGGUACUAGUUCAUAAUUGUGUAGACAAACCACAAGUAUUAGUCGAAAAGAAGACCUAGAUUAUGUAAUGUUCAAAAAAAAUCUUAGAAGGGCGAUGUCAGGGGGUGGAAGGGGUGGGAGGCUGGGUAGCUCAGGGAGUAUUGACGCUGACUACCACCCCUGGAGUUGCAAGUUCGAAUCCAGGGUGUGCUGAGUGACUCCAGCCAGGUCUCUUAAACAACCAAAUUGGCCCAGUUGCUAGGGAGGGUAGAGUCACAUGGGGUAACCUCCUCAUGGUCGCGAUUAGUGGUUCUCACUCUCAGUGGGGCACGUGGUAAGUUGUGUGUGGAUCGCAGAGAGUAGCAUGAGCCUCCACAUGCUGUCAGUCUCCGCGGUGUCAUGCACAAUGAGCCACGUGUUAAGAUGCGUGGAUUGAUGGUCUCAGAAGCGGAGGCAACUGAGACUUGUCCUCCGCCACCCAGACUGAGGUGAGUAACCGCACCACCACCAGGACCUUCUAAGUAGUGGGAAUUGGGCAUUCCAAAUUGGGGAGAAUUAUUUAAAAAAAAAAAAAAAAAAUGUUUAAGUAUUUCUGUUUAUCUUUAACUUGUACAUUUAUUUGUAACCAUCUCGAAUAGUUUUUUUUUUUUCUGCUUUUUGUUAUAGUAUAGUAGUGUGAUCUCAAAGUCUGCACUCCUCAAAUUCAAAGGAUCUCCCACAGGAAAUAUGGAACAAGCAGUUAAAGUGGAUGUCACAGUGUUGAUGGACGAGCAGCAGGUAGAGGUGGGGUCUGUUGGAGAAGAUGGUGACAUGGAUGGCGCCAUCAGAGGGAUACUCCGUGCUGCAGCAGGAGAGGGGACUACUGAAGGGGAGGGCCCUGAAGAUGAAGGAGAGGGUCCUGUUGAUGAAGGGAAUGGGAAAGAUGCCCAAGAGGAUGAUUCCUCACAAAUUGCAUCUGGUGUUCGCAAGUGGAGCUCAGUGUGGGUGCACUAUCGGAAGCUUGACCAAGAGUCAAAAGCAAUGUGCUUGCUGUGCACGGAGAAGAUCCAGCACCAGAGCAGUACAAGUAACCUAAUCAGACAUCUACAGCAUAGGCAUCCCACUGAGUUUGCGCAACUUGAGGUUCACCCACAGAAGCGGCCUAGCAAACGUAAAUCUGCAGAUCCAGUCCACCACCCCCCUUCUCCCACAUUAACAAGCGGGUCCCCAGCCAGGUCUCACUUUGUGUCACCAAAGCGUGAUAUCCGUACACCCAGCAGUACCCUCCAAGACAAAUAUCCAGGUACUAAGUGGUCUGAAGGGUUGCGUUUAUUGGAACGAGAACGGGAGCUGACAGAGGCGUUAAGACGUGUCCAGCAGGAGGAGGGGCGGAGCAUACAGCUGCAGCGGGAGUUACUGCAGCAGUUCCGUGAAAUGGAUACAGAGCGUCGAGUACUUCAAAAUCAGAAAAGUGAACAAGAGCUUGAAUAUGCAACACUACAGAAGGAAAGGGAAGCACUUACGGAGGAGAAGAAUGAACUCCAGAGGGAAAGAGAGGAAAUGCAGAAGGAGAGGGAGGAGUUUCAGAGGGAGAAGGAGGAGCUGGAGAAACAGAAACAGGAACUGGAUUCCUGGAAAAAUUCCCAUGGACAAGGCCAGACCUCUGGAUUUUACAGUUGUUGAGACACCACAGUAUACUGUAUCUAUGUCUCAAGGAAACAAGAUUCCUUUUUUAAGGAAAAAGUUCUUUCCUUACCUUUUUAUUUUAAGCUGAUUGAUUUAGAUUGGGGUAAUGGGGUUGUGGGAAUGGGGGACAUGGAAGGGAAGUUGUAUUUUGUUUAGCUGAAUGAAAGUGUACCCUCCUUGCAGCACAUACAUGCAUGCAAAUAAUAGAUUACCUACAGGUAAAUUAUAGGUUUGCCAUGAGAAGGCCUUUAAUGUCAAAACUAGAAAAUGGUCUUACAAUCUACCCCCAUAUUGUAUAUAUGAGUGUUAACCCAAACAAGGUUCAUUGUUACGAAAUGGACUAGUGUGUGAAUGUAUUAACGUGUUUUUGUACAUUUCUGCUCUGGGAAUAAAAAUAAAAAAAGAGUAACAUUUA